AAAGUAUCAUACUCAGGAGCCGUCAAACGCCCAAACACUAUCUCUCUUUCCUCUCAAGCUCUCAUCCUCCCUGGUUUACUAGCCGCAUAUCUAAGCUCUCAUCCUCUCUGGUUUAUCGACCAAGGCUGCUGCUGCUUUCAUGCUUUCUCAUCCUCUCUGGUUUAUCGACCAAGGCUGCUGCUGCUUUCAUGCUUGUUGCUUGCUGCUGAUUCUUUCAUGCUUGCUGUUGUAUUUCUCUAGAAAUUGGGAGGUGGCGGUUCUAAAUUGUUCAACCACAACAUUAGAUCGAUAAACAAGUACCCCUAGCUUAGCUAUAUUACUCUGUGAGUCUAUGUGUUUUAAAGCUUAACAUUUUGAAAAGCCACGUACUCCACAUUCUUGAAUUGGGAACUUGCGAAGUAAAUGCUAAUACAAGAAGUGAAUUUCAGUUGUUAAAUUGUAAUUUAUGUUAUAAGGGACUAGGCCACUAGGAACAAUGGCUAUGAUUUUUGGCUCACUCCAUAUCUUCCUUUCUCAACUCCCAAACUUUAAUUAUGUUUCUUGGGUUUCUUUAGCAGUUGAUGUUAUAUCACUCAGGCUAGUUGAGUCCUUGUGUUGCAGUUGUAAUUAAGCACAUACAGUACCAGGUUGAUCCUGAUAUUUGUCUACUUGAUUUUGAAAAUUGUUAAAAUGAUUUCAUCUCUCUUUAUUAAAAUUCUUUACACUUGAUUUUACUACUAUUGUUAAAAUGUCCAAUUGGUGUAACUUUAAAAUGCACCUGAUAAUCUGACAUCAUUACUAUUUAAUGAGCAGACGAUACUAUAUUAUUAUCAAUUGGAUCUCUCAAUGUUAAAAAUUUAAAAUGCUUUUAAUUUCAUGCACAUCUAGGUUCAUUAUACGAGUAACUAAUAGUAAUAAUAAUAAUCAUUUAACCCGUUGGGUCAAUCUGAAUCCGUAAAAAAACAUAUAAAAAUAAAAAAUAAUACAUAAUAAAAAAGUUUAAUAAAAGCUCUCAACCCGUUGGGUCAACCCGAACCCGAAAACUCUGGGUCUUGAACAAGCAUUUAUCAACCCGAACCCGAAAGUGACCGACCCGAUAAAACCCAAACCCGAAGUUGACCGACACUGACCCGACCCGAACCGACCCGUUUGACAGGUCUACCUGGCACUAUUGAAGAGGGUAAAACAACCAUAAGGGCUUUCCUAGGGCUAGAUGAUUACAUGUUUGCUGAAAUUGUUGUAGAUGAUAAGGUUAACUUGGCAAAACUUGUAAAACAUCACUUUAGGCCUAGUAAGAAUAUGACCGAACAGAAAUUGAAUAUUCGAGCCCUUGUAUUUUGCUUUUUGAAUCAUUAUUUGCUAUCGAAUAACAAUGGUGAGUUCGGUGACAUAAGGUUGAUCCCCUUGAUUAGCCAGAUGGAAAGUUGCUAUUCUAUUAUGCCGUUGGUUGUUGCCGAGACUUUGCUGAGUGCGGAUGAGUUGAGGAAGGAUGCCAAAUCUGAACAUUUUAAGGGAAGCCCCCUAUUACUGCAGAUUUGGCUUGCGGAACGGCUUAGACUUUUGGAAGCUCCUGCCGAUCCUAAACAUUAUCGCCCUAUAGCUUUGGGUAACCGAAAAUACUUGCACCAAGGCUAGGACGAGGCCGAAUGGACCUCCUUUUUUACUUAUGGCAUUUGUUCUAUUAAGUGGGUGGUACCAUGGUGGGGUUUGACUACUAUGACAGGGGGUUCUGAUAUAUCGGUUUAUGUUUCUUUGUUGGGGCUAUCUCGUCCCAUUUAUAUUUUCCCUUACCGAGUCAUGCGUCAAUAUGGUUUAAGGCAGACUAUCCCCUUUUCUGAUAUGGUACCACCUAAGGUAGCGGCCUUUUCACAAACACGGGUCUUAGCGUGGGCUAAGUAUUAUGAUGGUCUCCCGCGUUGGGCAGUAGCUACAAAGGGCUUUGUGGGUCUUUCUGAAAACUACAAGUUGUGGAUGAGCUCCGAUGACAAAGAUGUGAGGACCGAGGCUCGUAAUGGGGAGCCGGCUGAGCUUUUGAUACCUCGUAUUCGUGUUAAGUAUGAGGGUCCUGAUUCUGCCAAACCUCGUACCUAUAGUGUUAAGACUGUGAAAGCUCGUCAUGAUCGAAAGCGAAAGGGAGUUCCUCCCCGUUCCAGUUUCAGGCCUAAAAAGAUGCCUAACAUGAAGGGGCCUGCUGUUGUUAAAAGAAAUGCAAGCUCUCGCGGAGAUCGUCGCCGGAACAAUGUAUGGGUUAGGAAGGCUCAGCCGCCUGUAGAAACAGUGGCUAGUCUAGUUGAUGAUAAUAAUCCUUCUCCCACCAUUGCCUAUGCCCUCGAGGCUGAGCGGGCUAUAACUGAGAAUGUUUCUGAAGCCUUGGCAUCUUUGGAAGUUAGUGUCCAGGAGCCGGUUCUUAUGGAGAUUGAUAUUGGGGCACCGCAGAAGACUGUGGGGGUGGAUCCUGCGAACAUUGCUCUCUACAAGACUUUAUUUGAUGAUCCAGAAGAACUAGAGUAGUGUAGUUCUGGCUAGGGUGUAGGUGCCCUUUAUUUAUUUCAGUUGCGUUUGUUUUUAUUCCUAGCACUUUGUUUUCCUUCUUAUUAUUUCUCAAUAAAGGCGUAUUUUUAUUUUUCA